AUGCCUUACACGCCGCCCUCCCAGCGGUCUCCUGCCUCCUCCAAAUCCAACAGUCCUAUCCUCAGCCGCACCCAUUCAUACAGCGAGGGGUGCUUGAGCCCGCGGUCGGCCAGUGCGGCUCACCGGCCCGUCCUUCCCCACUCUUCUGCGUCGUACUUGAGCAAGCACCGCCGCACACCGUCAAUAUCACAGUCCCCGCAGGAUGGAGCCAAGGUGUCGGUGACACACACAAAUGGUAGUGCCCACCACGCCAAUCUGCCCUCCAUGAAGCUGUUGAUACCAGUAGGUGCUGAGUCGACUCCUCCAGACUCUGUGCAGAACUCCGACGAUGAGGACCGUGGCCGCCAAUCCGGAAAAAUUGCCGAGCUGCAGGAGGCUCUGCAGAGCAUCGAAGUCAAGCGCGGCCACUCCCCUGAGAGACAACCUGAUGGAACCGCCUCGGCCCCUCGCGAGUCAGUGCCAGUCACCGGUCCGAUCAGGCCGGCUCUCACCCCAGAGGCUCGGAAGAUCUCGCACUCUCGGUCCUCGAGCGAAAUCCAGCUCUCCAAGCAUACCCCUAAUCUCUCCGAGUCGCCCAUUCAGACAUCAGACGAGAGCGACGAAGAGGGCCUGACGAUGAAGCCCCCGCUUCUCCGCAAGAAGUCGGGAGAGCUAGUGAAGCCGGCCCUUCGGCCCUCCUCCCGGAACCGUCGUCGGCCGUCCAGCAUGCCCGGCACACCGUCCUUCUCCAAAGCCGUGCACUUCAACGACGACAUUGAACAGGUCCGCCACUUCUUGCAGGUCGACCGUCCCAUCGCUGUCAGCGCUGGUUCGUCGCCUGUCGAAACCUACGACAGCGAAAGCGAAUAUCCGUUCGGAUACGACGACGGUAACGGCUACGCUUCGUCUCGCCGUUCGCGGGUCGAAUGGGAGCUGCGGUUGGCCAAUUUCCCCAGGGAUACUUUCGAGCGGAAAACCCUGCCUGUGCGCGUUGAGAAGAUCGCUUUGUCGUCUGAUAGCUCCACUCUCGUGGGCACGGUUGCUGUUGCGAACCUUGCCUUCCACAAAGCAGUUGUGGCCCGCUUUACCCUGGAUUACUGGAAGACCACUUCAGAGGUCGCUGCCGAAUACAGCGAUGAUGUGCGCCGGAAGCAGACCCACGACGGAUGUGACCGCUUUGUCUUCAACAUCAAGCUGGCCGACCAAGCCAACCUCGAGUCGAAGACGAUGCUGCUCUGCGUUCGCUACACUGUGGACGGCGCCGAGCACUGGGACAACAACAACUCGAUGAACUUCCAGAUCGACUUCAUCAAGAAGACUACCCCACUGAAGAACACGAGGAGCAAGCAGAGGCCUGCUGGCACCCUUGGUGCGAUACCACGUAGCAAGCAUUCCCCACCCGCGGCCCGGCCUCGGUCCAUGCCCGUGCCUCUCGACGACGAUUUCGGCAAUAACUACGAAUCGUCUCGGUACACAUUCGGUUCGCGCGAUUCGAGCGAUGGCUUGCAGCCUCCAAUCAAGCUGAGGAGCAAGAGCAAGCCGUCGAAGAGCAACCUGUUCCCCGAUCAGCCCGAGUCGAAGCCGUCGCCGACUCAACAAGCCUUCUCCACCCGUUACGACUUCUCGACGUCGCUGUCUCAGGCGCUGUCCAGCGCCCAGACCGCUCUUGGCGACCGCAGCGGCAUCCGGAGAACCAACAAGCCGCGGAGCGGUGAUUACUUCAGCCUUCAGGGCGAGGCUCCUGCCACGACCAAGUCCACCUCGCCCCGCCCGGACCAGUUGUCGUCGGUGAAGCCGGAUUUGAAGUCGGCGGAGUACAACGAGCUGAUUCAAAAAUACUGUUUCUUCGGAUCCGGACGGGGCUCUCCUCAGGUGUCUAGUCCCAAGCCGGGUGUUUCUUGCGACGGAGCUCGCGACAUCGAAUCCGACGGAAGCGCAUCCAGCCUCCAGGGAUCUGGAUCGAACAGCCCUAGCCCCCCAAAGGAAGUGCCGUCGUCGAUGGACGGCGCCAUGGACCACCGACUGCCGGCGCGCGCCGCGAGUCCUUUUUUAUCUAGGUCGGCGUCACCCGGGCCUGUGACAGGGUCCGACUUUGGCGACCGCACCACUCCUCCUGUUUCUUUCGGCUACCCGUACAACAUGCAUGGCGGCAUCUCUUUCGAGUCGCACACCCCCAAGGCGAUACUCGGUUAG